CCGUGCAGUCACAGAUGUGAGACUUGAUGGGAAAAGUGGCUUAGUUGUGCUUAUUCUCCCUUUUUUUUUUCCUGGGGACAGUCAGGAGCUACUGCAGGCAGUAGUGCAAACAGAAGCAGCCAUAGGGCUUCUCCAAUGAUGACAUCAAGGUUAUAAUGCAUUGUGGUUUUGUCUGAGCUGCAUUUUUUUCUUUCUGUGGAAGAGAGUGAUAUAUUAUAAAGCAAAACACAUACAUCAUGAAAACAAUACCAAAAGCACUGAAACGGCCCCAUUCUCAUCUAAGAGUUGGAGCAGGCAGCAAAGGAUUAUCACAUGAUAUCUGUUUGGAAGACCAGCUAACAAUUAUGUGUCUUUCUGGAGGGGGACAGGCUUUUGCCAAACUCAAGUCACUGGGCACCAAGCUGAAGUGCAAUGUUAAAAUACGUGAGGCCAGACCUACUGAAUAGAAGUUUAGCAUUUGAACCCAGACCCAAGGUAGCUGUUCCAUAGGCUGGCUUUAAAAUGCUGGUGAUAAAUGAUUUAUAAUGUCACAGCUAAUUUGUCUUUUAAAAAUUAGUUACCAUCAGUGCCAAAAUCUAUGUUAUUUUAUUUCAUUAAGUGGACUGAAACUUCACCUUGAACUCUUCCAGGGACAGUUUUGUUUCAGUUUAUCAGACCUGUGGUUUUUCAGUCAGUACAAUGCCUGCCAGCUUGUUUGCAUCAGAAGACUCAUCUAGAACUUCAGUUGUGACUGACUAUAAAUCUGCAUAAACAUACUUAAAGUCCUACACCAAGUGGUCUAGUGUUAAAACCAAGAUCUUUCACUUGUCACUUUCUCAGUAUUUAAGCUGGAAAAAACUAGUUGAAAACCAGAGUGGUUUCAACUAUACCUUUGCAAUGCAGUGUUCCCAAUACAGCCACACUAGACUAGAUGGGAGCAGAGCUCAGACCAAAAGAGAUACAUAUUCUGCCAUCUCCUGUGUGUCACACCUGUCUGUCACUGACUUAGGAGGGACACUUUUCCCUUGCUUUAAGGAACACGUAAUGGUGUUUGAAAAAACCUUUCAAGCAUCUACAUAUAAAGAUACGUAAUCAGCAUAAUCAGUUCUAAGCUGCAUCCAAUUCCACUCUUGUCUUACUAAUAUUGCUAACAUAGUUAUCUUGGUGAAAAAUUAAUAUGGAAAAUAAUAGGGUAGUUUUGCAUAGGCAUUUGAAAAUAUCCUAAAUGGAAACUGCUGUUUUUCUGAGAAGACAAAUUGCUCCUAGAAAGUUGUUUUUCCUAUCUGAUCUGUUCUUUGUUGCAGUCUUUCCUAUAUGAAGCUUUCUAGAGUAAAUUUUCUCACCAUCAAAGUGAUUAAUAUCUUCCAUCUCCAUUUCUCCAGAAAGCCAAGAUCCCUGUGCUCAAUAGGAACAUGGGGCUUGACUGCUCCAAAAUUCACAAAGUGUGAGAAUGUGAACAUCAAAUGAUGCCUUAGAUCCAGGCAAUAGUGAGGGAACACACAGCUGGCCUGCCUGGAGGCAGGAGCUGUGUAUGAGCAGUAGGAUACUGGUACCUCAUAGGGAUGAGAUAAAAGACAAAAUGAAAAAUGCAAAAAAAAGGAGGUAAAGUUCGUGAGUAAGAAUGAUCCUCAGAGCCUGAAAAAUGAAGGGUCAUUUAAAAUUGAUCUACUGUUUUUGAAUCUUGAAUGUUCUUGAGGUUUUCUUGAGGAAUUGCUAUGUGUGAAAGCUACUUUUGAUGGAAACAAACUGUUUUUUUGAGAGAACAGAUAUCUUGAAGACCACCUGAGAGAUCAGUGUGAAUUAAUACAUUUGCUCCUUUGGGAGAAAAAACAUUCAGUCAGCAAAAGCAUCACAAACUGAAAGUGGUUAUUUCCACUUACUCUUCUCUUUAUUACCAUGUCUCACCAAAAAAAGUGUUCUUACUCCAAAGAUAACAGUCAUUCAGCUUGUCCUUUUACAGCGGGGAGAGACCUACAUGCUCAGAAAAUCACACAAGGACUACUCUGCUGUGGCCCAUGAAAUAAUUUCAGUCCCCAACCUGUAAAUCUGCUCUACAAGGAUCAGGUUCUUUGGUAUCAUGGAAAAUAUCAGUAAGAAUAUGAGGCAGUUAGUUGACCCUACUUGUUUAUUACUAAGUGGGAGAAUAACUCAAUUGUUACCAAACCCUGCUUAUUGUUGUUUCAAAAAAUACUAUUAUUUGCUUCAGCUGACAUCUGUGCAUUUUGUGUGGUUUGCUGCUUACUACCUUGACAAGAGAACAGAAGAGAGGAAAAAUGCUAGAAUGUAGGCAAAGUGGCAAGGUUGUCCAACUUUGGUGGCAGCUGAGCCGUAGGGCACAUGGAAUCUGUUCUCAUAGGCUUUGUUUGUGUGGAGUGCCCUGGUGUCUAAUAAUACAGCUGAGUUCAUGUGUAGCCUCUUACAUUGGAUCACUGGAUUGUAUUUCACUCAUCUGGACAGCUGCCUUUUUCUUCAUAAAAGGUGUAGGAAUAUAAUACCUUUGGGAUCUCUACCUGAUGUGACUGAAAUUAUUCAAUGAGUUACACAGCUACUGGAAGGAAUUGUGACAGCACAGGCAAAACUAAACACAAAAAAAAAAAUUCAUAAUUUCCUCCUUUGCUUCUACGGAUUAGACAGCCUUGUUUUUUGGGUUUGGUGUUGUUUUUGUUGUUGUUGUUGUUUCCUUGUUUGUUUUUGGGAUUUUUUUAAUAAUUCAACUGCUUUUGGCUUUGACAGUACAGUUGUGUCAGUCCUGGAUCCAGGUACAAAUGAGCAGACAAUCAGCACAAUCCUGAUCAUGCCAAGAUGAAAAACUGAGCAAGUGACAAGGCUCAGGACUUUUAGUCAGAGCGUUUACAAUGCUGUUUUUAUUUUGUUAAUGACUCACUGUACUGAUUCACCGAUGCUUUAGUGAAAGCUGCCUUGGUCAGAGUCUCAUUGUUCAAGCAGAGUAAAUUGUUCCCAGUAGAAAAGCUUGAAAAAGUCCUCUGCUAAAACUAACAACUAAACAAAACUUGUUAUUUUAAAGAAUAUAUAGAAAACAAUUUUAAUUUUAAGCAAUGGCAAAACUUUUUUUAUCCACCAUAAUUUUUUUCUUGAUUUUUUAAUUGGGAAAAGAAUCUUCUUCAGUCCUGACACAAAAGCCAAGAAGUAUCCAAAAAUAUAGGUGACUCCUUAAGCCUUUGGUGCUUGAAUAUAAUCAGGGUACUAGACGUUUAAAUAGAUGAAAAUAGGGCCUGAAGGUGACUUGGGGGCUUUGAGGCAUGGACUUUCAUGGGGUGCAUACCAAAACUUUGCUUCUGUUACUUUUGGUAAAAUGUUCAUUCUGGUAAUGAAUGGUUUGAACCACCCUAGAAGGUCCAUGUUCAGCAACUGUCCGCUGGCUCUGAGUUGCCUCAGUAGGAAAAAAAAACACAAAAAAAACCCCCAAAACAAACAAACAAAAAAACCCCAAAAACCAAAACAAAACUUUGCAACACAUUAGAUUUGCUUUCCACCUGGAAGCAUUUAGAGGAUGUAAGGGGAUCAGCAUUCGCGUUCCAGUUUAUAAAAACCAGGUUGUUGUAAAUGACUUGCUAAACUGUUGCCGGUUUCAUCCAACGCCCUGGAUUUCCCUGUCCCUUUCCAGAGAGGCUGUUUGUGCUGGGAGCCAGGGAGGGCUGCAAGGUCGCUUUGUUUCCACAGCGGGGAGUGCGGGGACCCGGCUGCCACUUUGCUGAGCGGUGGGUGGUGCUCCGGGCUGCUGGGCGCUGCCUGGGGGAGCCGUCAGGCAUCUGCGGACGGGGCACCAUCCCGGCAUGGGGCCAGCUGUUUAUUUUCAAAGCCUUUGUACCUCAGGUUACUUGUAAGGCCGAUGCUUGGGGAGUUCUGCUAAAGCUGGACCGUGUACGUUCCCCGGUUUGCCUGUAAUUUGCAGUUUAUGAAAACCAGAUGGAUGACUGAGCACUCUGCGAGUUAGGGUAGGAAUGGGAUCUUCUGACAUAAGAGCAGCUUUUACAGAAAACAUUGAGUUAAGAAGAUUCAGGCUCAAGCUAGAUUGCCUCUUCCCUCCCCCCAACUUUUGUCUAUUUUUACUGCAUCAUUGGUAUGUGUCCAAGGAAAGUCGGCCAUAUCAUUCGGAAAUACAAGGGGAUAAACUUUUGACUGUUGGAUCUCUUGAGGCUGAGAGACUCCAGAGUAAAUGAACUGGGAGAGAGAGAAUUAAAAGGAGGGAUUUCUAUAGAUGAACUUUUUUCGGUUGUCUGCUCUGCCGAGAGCCGUGUGAAAAACGAAGAAACUGCAGCAGUCCUUUCCCACUGUCUUUCUAAAUAAUCAGUGUGCAAGGUAGAAGGGAACAGGACCCAUAUGUCAGUGGUCUAGGAUGGCCAGUGAAGGCUCCAACAUCCCAAGUCCUGUGGUCCGUCAGAUUGACAAGCAGUUUCUGAUUUGCAGCAUAUGCCUGGACCGUUACAAGAACCCCAAAGUACUUCCCUGCCUGCACACUUUCUGUGAGAGGUGUUUACAGAAUUACAUUCCAGCCCAUAGCUUAACCCUUUCUUGCCCCGUGUGCCGCCAGACCUCCAUUCUGCCAGAGAAAGGGGUUUCUGCACUCCAGAACAACUUCUUUAUCACCAACCUGAUGGAUGUCCUGCAGCGAACGCCGGACAACAGCAUUGAGGAGUCCUCCAUCUUGGAGACUGUCACUGCUGUUGCUGCAGGCAAACCACUCUCCUGCCCCAAUCAUGAUGGAAAUGUGAUGGAGUUUUACUGCCAGUCCUGUGAGACAGCCAUGUGCCGGGAGUGCACCGAGGGAGAACAUGCAGAGCAUCCCACAGUACCACUCAAGGAUGUGGUGGAGCAACACAAGGCUUCCCUCCAAGUCCAAUUGGAUGCUGUCAACAAAAGGCUUCCAGAGAUUGACUCAGCACUUCAUUUUAUAUCUGAAAUCAUACACCAGUUAACCAACCAAAAGGCUAGCAUCGUAGAUGACAUUCAUUCCACUUUUGAUGAACUCCAGAAGACUUUAAAUGUGCGAAAGAGCGUGCUGCUCAUGGAGCUGGAAGUGAAUUAUGGCCUUAAACACAAAGUCCUCCAGACACAGCUGGAUACCUUACUAGAAGGACAGGAAAGCAUUAAAAGCUGCAGCAACUUUACAGCCCAAGCCCUCAACCAUGGCACUGAAACCGAAGUGCUGCUGGUGAAGAAGCAGAUGAGUGACAAGCUGAACGAACUGGCCGAGAGGGACUUCCCGCUGCAGCCCCGAGAAAACGAUCAGUUGGACUUUAUAGUGGAAACAGAAGGCCUGAAGAAGUCCAUUCACAACCUGGGCACUAUUUUAACCACCAAUGCUGUUGCCUCUGAAACAGUUGCCACCGGUGAGGGACUGAGGCAGACGGUGAUCGGACAGCCCAUGUCCGUUACCAUCACAACCAAGGACAAGGAUGGGGAGCUCUGUAAAUCUGGGAAUGCUUACCUCACUGCUGAACUGAGCACGCCUGAUGGGAGCGUAGCAGAUGGAGAAAUACUUGACAACAAAAACGGCACUUACGAAUUUUUGUAUACUGUUCAGAAAGAAGGGGACUUCACUUUGUCACUGAGACUUUAUGAUCAACAUAUCAAGGGCAGCCCGUUCAAACUUAAAGUGGUCAGGUCAGCAGAUGUGUCUCCUACCACUGAAGGGGUUAAGAGACGUGUUAAAUCUCCAGGCAGUGGUCAUGUCAAGCAGAAAGCUGUGAAAAGACCUGCGAGCAUGUACAGCACUGGCAAAAGAAAAGAGAAUCCCAUUGAAGAUGAUUUGAUCUUCAGAAUAGGCACCAAAGGAAGAAACAAAGGGGAAUUUACAAAUCUUCAAGGUGUAGCUGCAUCUACAAAUGGAAAAAUAUUGAUAGCAGACAGCAACAACCAGUGUGUGCAGAUAUUUUCCAAUGAUGGUCAGUUCAAAAGCCGUUUUGGCAUACGAGGAAGGUCUCCUGGCCAGCUGCAGCGGCCAACAGGAGUGGCUGUGCAUCCCAGUGGUGACAUCAUUAUUGCAGACUAUGAUAACAAAUGGGUUAGCAUAUUCUCAUCAGAUGGAAAAUUUAAGGCCAAAAUUGGGUCUGGAAAGCUCAUGGGCCCUAAAGGUGUUUCGGUGGAUCGUAAUGGACACAUCAUUGUAGUGGACAAUAAAGCAUGCUGUGUCUUCAUCUUCCAGCCAAACGGGAAAAUAGUCACCAGGUUUGGAAGUCGAGGAAAUGGUGACAAGCAGUUUGCAGGUACACUUGAUGGUCCUCAUUUUGCAGCUGUAAACAGCAACAAUGAAAUUAUCAUUACAGAUUUUCAUAACCAUUCUGUCAAGGUCUUUAACCAGGAGGGAGAGUUCAUGCUGAAGUUUGGAUCAAAUGGAGAAGGAAAUGGGCAAUUUAAUGCACCAACUGGAGUAGCAGUAGAUUCUAAUGGAAAUAUUAUCGUAGCAGAUUGGGGAAACAGCCGAAUACAGGUUUUUGAUGGAAGUGGAUCAUUUUUAUCCUACAUUAACACCUCUGCUGACCCCCUUUAUGGUCCCCAAGGUCUGGCUCUUACUUCAGAUGGCCACGUUGUAGUCGCAGACUCUGGAAAUCACUGCUUCAAGGUCUACCGAUACUUACAGUAGCAAUGUGCUCUGGAGCUGGAUAAUCACCCACCCUUAAGAAAAGACUCAUCCUAGAGAUCCAGUGCAGGAGAUCUCCUACUUUGUGUUUAUUUUAAUAACAAAGGAGUCUCUUAUGGACUUCUUGUGAUUAUUUCCAAACUUACUCUGUUUACAUAGGACUUGCACCUCUUAUGUUUCUCACUGAACUUUUUGUUGUCAGUGUUAAUUAAAAAAAUCCUCUGUAACUGAAAGACAAUGUGAAAUUAAACACACACUGCAUCCUAUGAAACUGGAAUUAACUAAUAAGGCAAAAAUGAGAAAAGUUUGGGAAAAGUCCCCAAAGCUUUUUGAUGACUGCAAAGGAUAGCUCCUGCUCAGAGCUUCCAAAUUUAAAGAACUAUCAUUCUUACAUGUUAUUUAACCCAGGGGUGAUCCUGGGAAUCUUCUAGAUCUCAUUAUCAUGGUAGGUAUUACACUUCUAACAUUCUUCAGUCUUACUGUGUGUAACAAGUAGGUCCUUUUAGUAUAAGGUUAAGUCUCACAAAAUCCGUCUAGCUCUAACCGUCAACACAGCUCAGUGUUUAGCACUAUGAGAAUCAAUGCAAAUUCCCUACUCAUGUGGAAUUAAUGAAGGAUUGUUUCAUGCGGCCGUUUUUCACUCUUCCUCUUGCUCAAUGUGCAGGAAGGACUUUACAGAGACCUGACAUUUCUAAAGCUCUGGAAAAACUUAAUUGUAGUGAUACAUUAGUGGGAGAGGAAUUUCUGUAUGACCACAGACCUUCUGACACCAAACUAGUUCAUUAGGAUCAGGGUUAUUACAAUGUCAAGUCAAUUAACCUCAUGUGUGCCACUCUUUCGUACGUGUUCAUUGCCAUGUUUCCUUACGGCAACUCAUUGUAUUAACCUCUAAAAUAAGAUGCAGCUUCACACAGGACAGAAAGCCAGAGAAGUACCCUGUGGAGGACCUACGUUAUACAACCAAAGGAACUGUGGUAAACAGAGGUUGUAUAGGAAAGCCAAGGGUUACCAAAGCUAUUUGUUUUUAUGUGAGAAAAAAUACGUUACAAAUAAAAAUGAAUUUGAACCAAUUCCUGAAGUCCUUCAUCAAAGGGAAUUUUGUUAGAGGACAAAACAAGGACUGUGAGAUUUGUUCCAAUUUGUUUGUAUGUAUGUAUGUAUGUAUGACUGAUUGACAUAAAAAUUAAAAAAAAGUAAAUGUGGGUUAUUUCAGCAAACUGGAACGUAUGUAUGAUAAUUGACAAUGGCAGUACUCCGAAAAAUGACCUUUCUUCCUCUGCCAGAUCUCUCUACUGUGUUCUUUGUUGAAGUAUUAAUUUAACUGGAAAUGCUUACAGGCAUGGUUCUGUUUUUAAUGUUUGGUUUGUUGGGGGUUUUUAAGUAUGACCUUGUCCUUUCUAAAGUAGCAUUGGCUUUAUUCUUAUUUCUAUAUCCAGUGGUCAAAGGUUGAAUUGCUGCUGUAGCCUGAUAUAGAUAGAGUGGUGCUCCCUUUUAAGUGUUGCUUGAGGAGCUGUGAGCUUGCUGCCAAUGCCUACAAUAGCCUGGGAAGUGCUGUCUUUCCUUUCUUAUUUUUAGGGCCUUGAAACAAAAGGGCAUUGGGUCAGAAACAAGGGAGUAUUUUAAGCAUGUUUGCAAAAUGGAAGGAAAUCUUUGAUAAAAUUUCUUGUUAUAAGUAUUUGUCUUAUUUCUAAAAUGUAAGGUGGUUGUUUCGAUAAAUUUGAGAAAAACUAAUGUUUUUUUUCUAAAGUUGCAUUUGACUUGUAAAAAUGCAGACCCCAAGGUUAUUAAAUGGGGGGUUUGUCUGGUUUUUAAUUACUGUUUCCUGAAGAUAGUUCCUCUUCUUUCCUUUGUUUAUUUUUUGCACAUAGAAUCAAUUUAAAAUUUCUCAUGCCAAUACAAGUUUCCUUAUUUCAUUGGAAUAAAUAUUUUGUGCAUGAAGCUUAAGGACUGUAUAACGAAGCUAAGAAACUGGUGGUAACAUUUAUGAAUAUUAAAACUCACAUUUGUUAUUACUAAGAGAACAAAAUAUCCUCUGCUUGAACUGAGUUUGUCCUAAAAUUCUGAAGAUGGUAUCUUGGUCAUUACAAAUAAACUGUCCUAUCAAAAUUUAACAAAGCUGUAGAUCAAAUUUUCAUUCUAAGUGUCCUUAUAACACUUUCUGACAUUGGAAGACCCUUAAAUAGCACAUCAGUGAAGAAAAGGCAUUUGAACUGUAUUUAGUGAUAAAGAGAAGGGGUUGCAAUAAAGGGAUUGAGAUAAAAACUUUUAAAAAUGGGCUGUGGCUGUCAGUUAUCACAUUUAGUUCCGAAUUUGGAUUUUUAGAAUACAAUUUUACUAAGCUUACAUGUUUACCCCUCAGAAAACAUUGCCCCUCUGUUGUCAGGUACUUUGAGAAGCAUGAAAAUCAGAUCCUAAACCAUACAGCAAAAUAGAUACUUAAGACUGUGCUAUUCCAUGUAUACACUUUUCUUCAAAAGCUUUUCAGUCCUUUGGUCCAGUAUUGUAUAGCAGGAUUUUAGAUAACCCUUUGAACCCAGUGCAUCCUGAUGAAAUAAGUGAAUUCUGCACAUAACCCUCCUCACAACCCAGCUCAAAGCUAUUAGGAGUUUUGUGGAUUUUUUCUUAAAAUUGAGUAGUUUUUUGGAUUUUCAGACAUUAUCAGCAGAGCAGCACCUAAAGAAUGCCAUGAAUUUGAAGUUAUUUCUGAUAGCGAAUGCUGUCAGCUUCAAAUUUAGUGGCAUAGGACAUUCCCUUCCAAGGUCUGACCUUAUCUGCCUGGCACUGGGAAAGGGAGAAACACAUUGCUUUUACGGUGCUUCUAAGCCAACUUCGCUAAAAUGCUUGGCUUACAAACCUUACAAAGAGCAACCAAAGCAGAAAUUCUGCACUUAAAAGCUGGCAGACUUUUUCUCAUCCAAUUAAGGGAAGGUCAGAAUUGCACUAUGUGAUUUGCUGAGUUGUUAGCAUUUAUUAAAGGCUUUACAGGCACGCUGCUGCCAGGUUUCAGGUGUAACCAAAUGUCCCCUUGACUUCCCUGGAAUGCUAAUUGAGUAGCAGCACAGCAUGAAUGGUGAAAGUAUGUGCCUCAUUUAACUAAUCUUCAACUCAAAAGUAAUCUCAAAAGGUUAUUAGAUCUUGUGUCAUAUAGGGCAUUUUAGGACAAACUAGCCAACUGUAUUUUCAUUGUUCAGUGAAUAGAAUAAAAAGAUCUGUUCAGAUAAAUCCAACAUAAACAAUAGGAGAGCUUUGCAUAGGCUAAACCAGCACCAAUGUAUUGAAAAAGAAAACGAAAAUGGUUUAGGCAAGCAAUUGCCUCAUGAAGAUGGAGUGCUAUUUACUAGUAAAUGCUCAUCUGUUCUGUAAAAGCUAGAGGGCUUUUGAUUUUAUGUCAAUAUUUUUUAUAACAAGGAUCUAGUGUUGCCAUAAUGAGAACUAGAAGUGCCCAAUAAGUUGUGUUUGUUAUAAAGAAAUGACCUUCAGCUGUGGGAGACAGCUUGUUAUGAAAUCAUGAUGUAAAGUCAAACUUUCUUCAAGAAUUCAAGCAGUGAUUGUCUGACCUGUUUGUGGAAAGUGUACAAAAGGUAUUUGUACUAUGGAGUGGCUAGGUUCCUAACAGGUCAUUUUAUUUCUGACGAAUGUACAGCACUUCAGUCAAUGUUUGUGAGCAACACAGCCUUAACCCUGACACUUUUUCUUUGGCUUUAUGACAUGGGAAUGUUCCCUAAGUUGCGUAGUGUAUGGCAGCAGCCCCCGAUAGAAAUCUCUACCAGUUGAUAUGCUGCAGCUUUCCAGUUCUAGGAGUGUUUCCAGUUCUUUUUUCCAUGUUUUUUUAAAAUGUUUUUGUACAUUCCAUCUUUGUAAUAUAUGUUUUGUGUAUAUGUAAGCCUUGCACUCUCUUUACACUCAUAAUGAAAUAUUCUUCUCACAUGUUUUUUUGUUGUCGAUGAUGAUGUUUUUGUUUAUUUGGUUUUUUUAAACCCUAUGAAGCUAAAUACAGAGCUUUUCUCCUUAAGGUCAAGGAUGAAAGAUGCACAUCAAAGUGUUUGUGUGUGCGUGCGUGCGUGUGUGUGUAGUUUUAGCUUCCUGUGUGCCAUGGUAUUCAUAAUGCUUUAGCUGACAAAAAAAUUACUCUGUCUUGGAAAUGUAGGAAAACCGGAGUCAAAUGUGUACCUUUACCACGCACAAAAAUUUCAAAUAAUAAAAAUAAAGCUUGUUUCCUCUGUUA